AACUUUAAUUGCUCAUUCAAAAGAUCGAUUCCUCGUUCCUUGGGUCGGUGCAUGUUAUAUAAGAACGGACUCCAUACGCUGAUAUUCCAAUCCCAGAGCUGUUUGAUCAGGCUGAGCCUUGCCACGUAGACGCUGCAUCAUUUCUUUCGCUAUGGAACCUACGAGACCAAUAUGGGCAGAAUUCAUGAAUGGAUCUUCUCAGAGAGACGAUUCAUUCCUAAACGAAGAUUUAAUACUUCCCGACGACGAUCCAGAAGUAUCUUGGGCCUUGUCAGUGGUUCAAUACGGCGCUGAAACGCGCGCUUCUACAUCUGUUCUAGAACCUCAUGAUGGAGAUUACGAGGAUAUCAUACAUCGCUUAGAUCCAGGACUUUCGGAGCCAGGAAGUAGUAUCGAGGAGAGUUGCGAAGCGGCUCUCUCUUGGCAGACUCAAGACUAUGGAGACGAGGAGCACGGUCUUCAACAGACUGUCGACGCAGACCCAUCCACCACUAGAGCAGGCAAUGCCCAAACCCUAAGGCAGACCGAGUUAUUUCGACAAGUUCAAGCCCAGGCCCAGACCAUUCAAUAUUUGAGACAAGCCCUUGCUGAACAAAGUAAGACAUUUGAGAAAGCAUCCGAUGUCUCCCGGUAUCGACAAACUCGGGACUUCGAAGACGACCGUCGAAGGUUUCAACAGAUUCUUCCCGGGCUGGGGGGUAUUGCCGAGGAAACAAAUGCGCGGAUCCAAGAUACGGAAGCUGCCGAUGAAGAGCCAAGAGAAGCAUCAUCCCAAGGAACAAGCGCUACCGAAACGGAACAUGCUGCCUGUCAGUCUGUACAAUGCCAAGAUUGCAUGGAAACCAUCCAAAGUCUACGAAAAAUGCUUGCUGAGCAAGUUAGUAACGCCGAGGAAGCCAACCAUCAGGCACUUUCCAAGUCUGUCGCGUAUUGGCAGAUCCAAGAACACGAGAGGACCAUUCAACGACUCAAACAGACACUGGCGGAACAAACAAGCGCUGCUGAGAAGUCACAGGAGAAUUUUCAUUCGGAGCUCUAUGCACGAAAUCGAGAACACCAGAAUGAAUUGCCACAGUUGAGAGACAUGAUUCCUGAAGAAGGACCCCCAGUCUCAGAACUUCCAGAGACUGCGCAACGGCAAGGAGAUUUUGAUCCAGAGCUGCAUGUCCAGCUGCACGGCGCCAAUACUAAGGAAGACAAGUUCUUGAUCCUCAGUUCAGACCAAGAAGGCUCUCAGGAGUCUGCUAUACAGCUUUUGCGAAAGCAAAUGAAGGCAAAAGACGCAAAGUUCUCGACUCUAGCAGCUUGCUUUAACGAGAAAGACCAGGAGCUAUUUGCAAGCCUUGAGAAGAACAAAGUACUUACCAACCACAACAAGGAUCUUCAGGCACGAGUGACUGAAUUGGAAAGUGCUCUUCUGCCGUCUGUCCAGCACGCAAGUCAAGAUACUAAAAUACUGCUCGAAGACCUCGAGAAAUUGAAAGCCGAACGCGUUGAAAUGAUUGAAACGCUCCAAGAGGUACAAGAGGUGUUGGAAAUGAGAGAAUUUGAAGUUGAACAUCUCGGAGAAGUGCUGGAAGAGCAGAAACAGAAGCUAGAAAAAUUCGACGUCUGUCACCCCGCAACACUCCGCUCGCUUCUGAUGAUGAGACACGUGGAGCAAGCCUCAGUGGAAGACGUGGACGAAGAGGCGUCGGAUUAUUAUGGGAGCAUGCUAACCUGGGUCCCUACUGGACUUCCUCAAGACCAAUUGGACAAGAGAUGCUCUUCAAAUGAGAUCCAGCGUCUCGCAAAACUCUUACCUCAAGGUGCUUCGUUCAAUAACUUUUACGAACGCUUGAAGCUUGAUAUCUGCUCUGUGUGUUCGAAGGCAAAGUUCAAGGUCAGACUCGAUACCCACCCUAGACAUCAAUCACUCAAAUGGCUUCAUGAGUAUGUUGUGCCGUCCCGAUAUUUCACCUGCUGCGAAGAUAAAGUCUGUAAAAAGUGCUUCGAGAAACACAUUCUCGAGACUGUUGAAUUCAAAUGGUGGAAUAGACUUGAUACAUUGCAGUGGUUCAAAUGCCCCAGGGCUGGCUGUGAAGAGGCACUUGGCAUUCGAUGCGAAGCAGAUAUGUACAUCUGUCUAGAACGGAUCUUGGGACGGGAUGCUGACAAUUCGGUUAAGAUGUACACCAAAGCAUUAGCUUUCAGGCGAGCUCUAAAGGCUCUCGAACCUCAGCCCAGUGAAGAAGCACUCACAAAAGCAUCCAAUUUAACUCGAGCCCUGGUUGCAUCAGGACACAUGUACAGUCCUUUCGACAGCAGAUUCGACUCAAAAGAUCCCGAUGAGACAGGCUGCAUCCCCGAUUUCAACCCAGGCACUGUUUACCUCGCGGCUGUGGAUCAUGUCUCAUCGCCUAUCCCUCUCUUUCCAAAACUGUUCCGUCGCAAAUCCAGUCCCCAAGAGUGUAUGACAUGUAGUAAAAGGUUCUUUGACAUCGACUACGGCAGUACCCAUAGCUGGAAAUCGAUGUGUUCGAAUUUCCCAGGACCUUGGGUGUUGGGCAUCCUUCUAUUCCCCACCAGCGAAAAUCAGAAAUGCAAUCAUGAUUUCGAAGUCUGUCGCGUUUGUACAGCGGAGUAUAUCCGCAAUGUCCUUGUCUCUGGCGGGCCGUCAGCCUGCGAAAAUGUCACUUGUCCGCAAUGCAAUCGGAAACUUAUGUACGAAGAGAUCAUUCAGCUUACAGAUUCUAAAACAGCUGCUAAAUACGAGAAGUUCCUCAUCCAAUCUUAUCUUUCGAAAGAAGAGAAUUUUCGUUGGUGUCUCAACCCCAUCUGUACCAAUGGACAAUUGUAUGACCACUCUCCUUUCGAUCCUCAGAUAACAUGUGAAGAGUGCGACUUUGAGAUGUGCUAUCAGCAUUCCAUGCCGUGGCACGAAGGUUUAACGUGCGCCGAAUACGAUUCCCAGAGAGAUCAUGGUGAUCCGAGUUAUGCUCAGACACGAGAAUGGAUCAGGACAAAUACGAAGCCAUGCCCGAAUGGCGACUGUCGUACAGAUAUUCAGAAAGGAGAGGCUUGCUUCCAUAUGACUUGUACCCAAUGUCGUCACGAGUUUUGCUGGCAGUGCCUGGCAAGCUGGUCUGAUAUUAAUGUUCGUGGUCAACAAGGUCAUAAUGAAGGGUGCUUCUUUCGGACGAGUGAUAUAGGGCCUAUGGGAUUGAGAGGAGAGAAUCUUGAAGCUGCACUGGGAGACUAGCUACCUGAGUUUUUGGAGAACUUCGAAUUAUAGCUGAAAGAAUGCCUUAAUCAAUUCCGAAUUUUGACCAGGG